UUUAAGGACGUGGGGAUGAUAAGCAUGAGCAGCUGCAGGAGUACCGAGAGAUCCGGUAUUGGAACACGCUUGCGAUCGCAAAGCCAUGAGAGCAUAGUAGUCUCGCGUCAGAUUCUGAUUAGUUUCUCGCUUGUAUCUUGUCAACGUGACGUGAAUAAAAUGUCCAACGGAGAGCCCCCGUCGUUUUCGAUUUUAAAACAGAAACCGCGCUUCACAGUGACAAAGUACCUGCCGGUACUCUGCUGGUUACCGCAAUAUACUCGGUUGAAAGCCGUGUCAGAUCUGAUAGCGGGCAUCACUCUGGGUAUGACUAUGAUUCCUCAGAGUAUGGCUUAUGCGGUACUGGCUGAACGUUAUCCGCAGUAUGGUCUAUACUCUUGUUUUGUGGGUGGUUUCGUAUACAUUAUCUUGGGAACUAUCAAAGAGGUCUCGAUUGGUCCGUCAUCCUUGAUGGCCCUUCUGACAUUGCAGUACACGCGAAACAUGCCGCAGGAUUUUGUAAUACUCUUGUGUUUUCUGGCUGGAUGCAUAGAACUUUUAAUGGGCGUACUAAAUCUAGGAUUUUUGGUGGACUUUAUAUCAGUUCCUGUUACAUCGGGUUUUAUGUCAGCAGGAGCGUUUAUUAUAAUUAUCGCUCAGAUGCAGGGCCUUCUGGGAUUGAAAUAUAAGUCGGAAAAUAUUGCAGACAAUCUGUACAAAUUAUUUAAGAAUAUUAAUAAGAUUCGGCUUGCUGAUUCCGCACUCGGAAUUUUCAGCAUCGUAUUUCUCCUCGUCUUUAGAAAAUUGAAAGAUAUUGACUAUCCUUGUAUGAGAAACAAAAGGGAUGCUCCCAGAAAUGUAAUGAUAAAAAAAAUACUUUGGUACUUUUCCAUUGGUAGGAACGCUCUCAUAGUGCUUAUAUCAGUCACAAUAGCAUACCAAUUCGAAGCGAUUACAGGAUCCAUUCCAUUUAUACUUUCAGGAAAAAUCGAAGCCGGCCUCCCCAAAAUAUCGUUACCACCAUUCUCAUCGCAAGUAGGAAAUCAGACUUAUACUUUUUUUGACAUGUGCGCUCACUAUGGAUUAGGAUUAGGGAUACUUCCUGUUAUAUCCGUCUUGGCAAACGUAGCGAUAGCUAAAGUAUUUGCGUUAGGCACUUCCAUUAAUGCAACGCAGGAAAUGCUGGCUCUCGGCUUGUCCAAUAUAGCGGGCAGUUUUAUGUCAUCGCUUCCAACUACUGGUGCGUUUACCCGAAGUGCAGUCAGCAGUGCCAGCGGAGUGCAAACGCCUAUGGCUGGUCUAUAUUCCGGUACUAUGGUAUUGCUGGCACUGAGCUUUUUAACAUCAUAUUUUUAUUACAUUCCACGAGCGACACUAGCGGCUGUGCUGAUAUCCGCUGUGUUAUUCAUGAUCGAUGUGAAAAUCAUAAAAUUACUCUGGAAGGGAAGCAAAAUGGAUGCAAUCGCAGCGAUAGGGACUUUUGUGGUCUCCAUUUUUAUCGGCAUUGAAAUCGGACUCCUUCUUGGUGUCAUUUUCAAUUUGAUUCUUUUUAUUCGACUGUCCGCGAGAUUGACGCUUCAAAUAGUCAAUUGCAAAACUCGUCUAGGAAAUAAAUAUAUGAUGUUAAAACCUGAAAACUGUCUCUAUUAUCCCGCAGUAGCUUCCUUCUGCGAGAAAGUCAUGAGUUUAGCUGGAAACAACGUUCCGUUGAUUAUGAAUUGUGAAAUAUUCAAUAGUCUCGAUUACACUUCAAUCAAGGGUAUUGAAACGUUAUCGAAAAAAUUGAACAGCGAGAGAAAUCAAUUCUGGCUAUUGCAUCUUAAUUCCAAUGUCGUGAAAAGUUUUGACAUUCUCGCUGAUAACAAAUAUAUUCGUUUGAUCGAAAAAGAAGAGAGCAUCGCAGAUGUUCUUUACAACGAUGCUUUAUCUAGUAAAAAUUCUGAAGAUCGGAUCAAUAUUACUAUGAAACAAGCAACGGAAAUGAAAAAUCUGAAUCGCGAAGAUCUUUUGUAUUCAAAUUCACGACAAAAUGAUUCCGAAUCCAAUGCCGAAGAAUUGGCCUUAAUGUCACCAUCCGAAUGUAAAAUACAACAAUAAUCAAACAACUCUGUCUUUAAUAUUUAUACUCUGUUGAUUCUGUAAUUUAAAAAAAGCCGCUUUUUUCAAAAAUUGUAGAAAGAAAACUAAAAUUAUUUUCUUUUCGGAAAGAAGUAAAUAUGGCAAAUCUUAUAUUACGAACACACAUAAAUUUUUUUAACGAAUUUUUCUAUCUUUGGGAAAGGAACCGCGAAAAUCAAUGGAAAAAUGGGAAAAAACGGUUUUUUUCCGAAAUUUUAAAACUAUAGUUUUUAGUAUUGAUUCUAAAUAUAAAAUGCAACUGAACGCUGCGUUCCGCAAAGCGCAUGAUUUGUCAGUUUAAGUUUGUUUAACAUUUGAUAAACAACAAGGAUAAAAUAAUACAUUAUAUGCAGUAUAUACGCUUUACGGAAUCAAAGAGAAUUUGGAUCGAAAUUAAAUUUUCAAAACAAGGCGUUUAGAUUCUAUACGCUGUCUGUAAUGUAAAGAUAAAAAUUUCUUAAAACGGAUUUUAUCGAAUAUAUGACGACUUCGUUCGUCUUUUCGCAAAAGACUCGAGUAGAAUGCAUUUAAAGUGAAAAGAUUUCUCUCUAUAUCAAAGAAACGUAGCAUGAUAAUGUUGUACAUUCAUUAAUUAAAAGUUGCUGUUUGCAGCGCAAACCAAACGCUUUACUAGUGGCUCACUAUGAGAUUCAAAGCAAGAUGAGCGUACAUUAACGCCGAAACCAUCAAAUUGACUUCCGACCUAUUAGAAAAUUCACUAUUAUUAUUUCACAUUACAUUAUGAAGCACAAGGAUAUAAUCAUAACCGUCACGAAUCUUCUAGAAGGUCGGAGUAGCAAAAGCGAGCGCUGCACAGAUCCCAUUCAAUAGAAGUUACAUUCAAUAGAAGUUUUUUGUGAGACACGAACGCAAAUUCUUUCCGAUACCAAUACUCAGUUUUGCGCUGGAAGUUCUUCGCUCAUUCUCUAAUUAACUUUUUCAAUCGUUGCAUCGCAUUAUUAUCGCAAAUUACACGCAUCGAGAUAGGUCAUAAGUCACAGGAUGGUCUAACAUAUAAUUGGGCCGCGGUGCUAAAUCGCGAACGACUGUGCACUUUGUACAUUAAUUGGUAAGCUCAAAUACGAAGAUAAAAAAUAAGUCUGUCUUUCUUCAUCCAAUUCUCUUCCUCGUAAUCUUCUUGCAGUUCAUAUCAAGCAUUUCCGAUUGCACACCCUGAUGAAAAGCUUGUUGAAGUAUCAAAAAAAUGUGAACAAAGAAUUUUAACACUUCUUAAACACUUCAUUGACUCUUAGUAAAUUUUAACAUUCAUACACGCUCCACGAACUGUCCCCAAACGUUUCGUAAAUGUCCGAAACACAUCUGUCACAUUGUCUUCGACCGAACAGCUAAUAACGUUCACGUAAUGUAGAAAUCUCAUUAUAUAUUUUACAAUGUCUUGUCACUGAAGAGGACCUUAAACGUGGGUCGAAACGUAUUUCGUAAUUUGUAACUGAUAAUAAUAAAUUCUUAUUCGUAACAAAUAA